AUGGAGUCGGCAAAUUUUUUACAACGAUUUGGAAUGAUUAUUUUAGAAUAUUGGAAGUUUACGUUACCUUUGACAAUUUUAAUUAUUUUGUAUUACCAUUUCACAAGCACUUUUAAUUUUUUUAAAAAGCGUGGCAUCGAUUACCUUGAGCCUACUGUUGUUAUUGGUAACAUGGGUGCGAAUAUUAUAGGCAAACAAGCUUUUCAUGAUUUUCAAAGAGAAAUUUAUAACCGAUUCAAAAAGACUGGAUAUGGCGGAGUCUUCUUGGGAAGGCAGCCCGUUUUGUACAUUACUGAUCCAGAACUCAUUAAAGCAGUUACUAUUCGGGAUUUUGAAAAUUUUGUAGAUCGAUACUCUUUACCGAGCAACGAACCAUUAUAUUUUAAACGAAACCUACUUAAUCUAAAGUCUGGAGAAUGGAAAGGAGUCCGAAGCAUUAUUACUCCAUCGUUCAGUUCGUUACGUCUUAAACAUAUGCUACACCUCAUAAAAAAUUGUUCAGACCAAAUGGUUGGACUUUUAAAUCAAUUUGAUAAUUCAGAAAUUGAAAUGAAGGAAACCAUGGGACGGUUCACAUUAGAAGUAAUUGGUGCAUGUGCAUUUGGAAUAAAAUCUGACUCGUUAACGGAUGAAAAUGCACGAUUUGUUAAGGUUGCAGAAAAAUACGAUCACCUUCCAUGGCCGAAAAGGAUAGGUUUAUUUUUCAUCCUUAUGUUUAUACCCGAAGCUCUGAGAUUCAUAAACAUAUCAUUCUUGCACUACGAAACUAUAGAUCAACUUGUAAAAAUGUUAAAAAAAACGAAAGCGGAAAGAAAAUUGUCCAACACGAAACAUAAUGAUUUCUUACAAUUGCUCCUUGAUGCUGCAGAGAAAGAAAGAGAAGAAGUAGGUAACACACUGUCUCCAAUACAUUUGGAUGACGACACAAUCGACGCACAAAGCCUGUUAUUCUUCAUUGCUGGAUAUGAAACAUCAAGUACGUUACUGUCCUGUGCUAUUUUCUUAAUGGCCGUCAAGCCAGAGUUUCAAGAUAAACUUCGUGCCCAUGUGGAAGAAAUGACUAAAGAUAAGGAAGUCACUUACGAUGUUCUCUCACAGCUGGAUUAUCUCGAAGCAUUCUUAUUAGAAACUCUACGUAUGUAUCCACCAAUUGCAAGGAUAGACAGAGUCUGUACAAAACCCUACACUUUACCGGGUACAUCUGUUAAAAUAAAUGUGGAUGAGAUGAUUGCUGUACCGUUAUAUGGGGUACAUAUGGAUCCAGACCACUACCCUGAGCCUGAACAAUUUAAGCCCGAAAGGUUUAUACGCGACGGAAAGCUUGAAAAGCCCUCGCAUUUGUUCUUGGCCUUCGGGGCCGGACCAAGGAACUGUAUCGGACUACGUUUUGCCAUGAUUUCCGCGAAACACGCCAUGGUAACUGUAUUGAAGAACUUCAAAUUUUCAACGUGUCCUAAAACUGAAUAUCCCAUUCGAAUUGAAGAAACGGCACCGUUUUUUAAAUCAAAAGCUGGACUUUGGGUUAAAGUUGAAAGACUUUAA